AUUAGGAAUGAGUAUAUCUGACACAAAGUGAGAGUGGCCUCCAUGGUGGAUAAGUUGAAGGAAGGGAGACCGAAUGGUUUGGACGUGUAAGGAGGAGAUGUGUUGAUGCCCUAGUGAGAAGGUGCAAGAGAUUGGAUAUAGUGGGGUCGAAGAGAGAUAGAGGUAAGUGAAGAAGUAUUAGAUCAACUUAUCAAUGACAUAAUCUUACAUAUGAGGGUAUGGAGAUUGCGGAUAAGGGUAGGAGGUUAGUAGGUAAUUAAGAGUUGUCCUAUUAGUAGCUUAUGUAUGCAUUUGGUUUGGGGUGGUAUAGAUCAUUUAGUCGGUUUUAGUAUUAGUCUAUUCAGGUAGUCUAUAGAUUUUGAUAUUCGUUAUCAUCUUAGGUUUACUGUAUUUGGUGUGGUUCCUUGCAUAUAGUUGUUACUACGGUGCUAUUAGUUGUCAUGCUUCUCCGCCUGUUUUUUCAUUUUAUUACUGUUUUGAUAUUCUUGAGUCGAGGGUCUUCCGAACACAACCUCUCUACCUCUAAGAGGUAGUACUAAGGACUACGUAGACUCUACCCUCUCCGGACCUCACUUUUGGGAUUCACUAGCUAUGUUGCUAUUGUUAGCUCGACAAAAGUACAAGUAAAAUUUAGGUAAUAAGAACUACUACUAUAUCUAACAAAAAAAAUAAAUUAAUAGAAAUAUAAGGAUAAUACUUACUCACACUCGAUGCUUCGCCACCUUGUGGCCUUCCUUCCCGGAAGCCUUUUACCCAUAGCCUCUAGCAAGAGAUAUUUUCUCCUCACAAAAAUAAAUAAAUAGAAAAAUACUAAACAAAAAUAAAAAAUUGAUGUCUAAACUUCCGUCUUUCUUGCACCAAAUAAUACUAACUACCUUUUUUCGUUGCAAUUUUUCUCCAAAAUUCCCAGUCCACAGCCAAUUAAUUUUCUUUCAGACUUCCAGGUUUGCAAUUCUCAAUUUUAAUAUUGUUAUUGGCAACCACAUUUCAAGCUAGGCAUUAACAUGCCUGCAAAUGGAAUAUAAUAAAAUCGUAAAACUAUACGAUUCGUCAGAAAAGGGCAUAAUAGGUACAUUUUUUUCUAUGUUGAUGUAAUUGAAAGUAAACAUGCAUAUAUUGUUCCCAAUUCCUGUGGAGAUCUGAUAAAAGGGUACGAUUAUUCGACAUUGGAUGGAUGUAUGAAAAUUAAAUUUUAUCCCAUGAGUUCCAUCACCUUUAAAGUUUGUGUCUGUUCAGUUGAUGAAUUGAGGUGAAACAUGUCUCAUCAUGUUACAAAUAGGUCACAAUCAUCAUCUUCUCAACCGCCUGUCGUCCAAAAACUAACGGAUGAUCCUGUAAACCCCAAGAAUGCUCAAAGUAGCGUUACGUGUGUUUAUCAGUCACAUAUCGGGGGCUAUUGGCGUAAUGUGACUGUUAUAUGGAGCAAGAAUCUAAUGAAUCAUUCUGUGACCUUAACGGUUGAUAGUGUUGAAAGUGAUUAUCAUCAAACAUGUAAGAUUGAUCUUAAACCUUGGCAUUUUUGGGCUAAAAAAGGAUACAAGACAUUUGAGGUUGAUGGUAAUCAAUUGGAGGCUUAUUGGGAUCUAAGGUCAGCAAAAUUUUCAGGAAGUCCUGAACCAUGUUCUGAUUUUUACGUUGCUUUAGUUUCGGAGGAAGAGGUUGUGUUGUUGUUAGGUGAUUACAAGAAAAAAGCCUACAAGAAAACUAAAUCAAGGCCAGCAUUGGUGGAUGCCCUGUUGUUUUACAAAAAAGAACAUGUUUUUGGUAAGAAGAGUUUUUCAACAAGAGCUAAAUUUGAUCAAAGGAAACAAGAAAGUGAUAUUGUGGUAGAGAGCUCAACGACAGGACCUAGAGAUCCCGAAAUGUGGAUAAGCAUAGAUGGGAUUGUUUUGAUUCACAUAAAAAACUUGCAAUGGAAAUUCAGGGGAAAUGAAACCGUAUUAGUGAACAAACAACCCGUGCAAGUCUUUUGGGACGUGCACGCUUGGUUGUUCUGUUCACCAGGGUCAGGUCAUGGCCUAUUCAUUUUCAAGCCGGGGGCAUCUGAGGAUGAUAGUGACAAGGAAGGGAGUAGCGUGGGUGGUGGUAGCGAUUGCAGUGACCAAAGCAAGUAUUAUUCAACGUUAAGCUACUCUAAAUCAUCGCCAUUUUGUCUCUUCUUAUAUGCAUGGAAAAUUGAGUGAGGACUAAGCAAACCAAUGAAUAUUGAAAAUUUAAACAGCAUGAGCUUCCUGUUUACAAAGAAACUGUAACUGGAUAAGCAAAUGUCUUGUAGAGAUCAGCAGAGUAAGUUAAAUUUCUUGGUGUUUUCACUCCAAAUGAAUUCGUGUAAAUUUUGUGAAAAUAUUAUUCGAUACAAAACUAUGCUUUUUUCACCUAGGCGGGCGGAUGCAGUGUGUGUGCACGGGGCAGUUACACUCUCAUAUAUAUAUUUGUAUAGUCGGACAGUAUACAAAAUUCAAUUAUAUGUAUGUUUUGCAUGCACCAUUUGUGAUUGAGAAUUUCGUAUUCACUGAAUUAAAAUCUUAACUACUCUGCUU